AUGUGGGAAAAUAAAUUUGAGUUGUUAAUUAACCUGAUCCAGGGAUAUCCUCACUUGUAUGAUAAGUCAAGUAUGAAUUUUAAAGACCUGCAAAUGAAAGAAAAUAGUUGGCAACAAAUUUCUGAAGAACUGGGAAUUCCAGCGAAUGAUUGCCAAAGAAUUUGGACCAAUUUACGGAAUAAGUAUGGAAGGGAGAAGAAAGCAUUGCCUUCUGGUUCUGGUGCUCCUGCUACUCCACAAUGGGAGUACUUGGAUUCCAUGUCUUUUCUAAAUUCGUAUGUUAAACCCAGAAAAACACAUACAAAGACACCAAUCGUACAACAGAAGCCACAACCUACUGUGACUUCGCCUUUGCUGUCACCAAUCCUAAUGGCCACUUCAUCAGGCUGCUCCUCACAUAAUUCCAUGCUGAUGUCUCCACGGUCAAACUAUGAAAGUGAGGUAUAUGAUUCUCAAGAAGAAUCUAUGAAUGAAGAUUUUCUUGAGAACAUUGUAAUUGAAAUUCAAGAGACAGAACAACCGAGACCAACAGCAGAGCCAGCUAGUAAGGGUGAGGAUUAA